UGUAAAAACGUUUUUUCGGAAUAAAUUUUACAUUUUAUUCAAAAAAAAAAAAAAAAAUUUUUAUCUCCGCCGGUGGCCCCGUCCACUCUCCUUUCGGCUCCGCUGCAUCUAAUAGCUAUGAAGAUGAUGUGAUGCCUAUCGCAACUGGGCAUGGGAAAGAUUUUCACUAGAAGCCGAUUCCUGAUUUGUAAACGAGUUGGUUUUGGCUGGAGAUAGUGAAAUGUAACUUAGAGAGACUGAUUGUUGAGUUCUUAGUCAGAUGAUUGGAGAUUAUUAACAUGUAGGAGUUUUGAUGUAUAUUAAGUAGGUUUUCUCACAGCCUCCUUUUUUCUCAAAAGAUUCUCGAGUUUGUGGAGCAGUCAAAAGGCUGGUCAGCAAUUGAUUCAUCAAGGAAGAGUGCAGAAGAUGUGAUGUUUAGCAUCAGUGAAGAAGAGCUGUACAAUAUUCCAACCGCUGAUUAUGCCCACAGGACCAGGUUUCUGCAGAGGAAUUUGACCGUCUACCCCGUAGCAUUCAGUGCUCUCGCUAAUAUAAAGGAUGUAAAAGUGCUAUCUACACUCGGAAGACUUUGAGAAUGGUCUCAAAUUGUUUGAAGAUUACAUGAGCGCAGAUAAAAUCCCUGCCAUGGAAUUCUACACGGUAACACGACUAUCUGACCUCAUCACUGGUGUUUCUAUAUUCGCUUUGAGAGUGAACUUCUUGUUCUCUAUGACUCUAUAUACCGUGUGGGAAUGAAGUCUUCUAUAAAACUAAUGUUGUUGAUUCUCAAUCCUAAAUCCCCGCAAAUGAAUAUAGAGAUGAAUCUAAAUUCUCAAUAAAUGCAAUAGUCGAAGAGAAUUAUGCUUCUGCCAUGUUUCCCAUAAGUGGUUCAACAUAUCUUUGGGUGACCUGUAUAUGCUGUAUCUUUGGUUCACUUCUACAGACGCCUAUAGAAGGACCUAUGACAGGACACACCGAUAAUGGAAUGAAGAUUGCUCAAGACACUUUGGUCAAAAUGAAUGAACGCAAUUUCUUCUUAGACCCAAGAACUGGAAGCAAUCUGUUACUCAAAGCCGCUGGUGAAAAGACGGGAGGGUACAUAGUUGCAAAUAUGAUAUGGGAUCUGAUGCUAGUUCGGAAUAUUCUACCAACACUAGCUGCUGUUGAAGCUUAUUACAAGGGCUUGAAAGAACGUGAAAUACCAGAGGAUGAUCCGAUUGAAUUUAAGGAAUAAAAUACCAAUAUGAUAUUCUAUGGCA